CCUUGAUGGAGGCUGUUCGUAAAGCACUGGCAGUGGUUGCGGUGCUGGGCGUAGGGGCUGGAGUAGGCUCCAUUCUGUUUGUUCUUGUGACCCCAGGAGAACAACAGAGGCAGUCGAUGCUGAAGGAGAUGCUGGAACAGGACCCGCAGCGCAGGGACGAAGCGAUCAGGACUAAGGAACUAAUGAUGGCUACGCUGAGGGAGGCCGCAGCCACGCAGGAGAACGUGGCCUGGAGGAAGAACUGGACGGUUAGCGGCGGCGGCAGGUCAGCGUGACACCAGGAGCUCGUGGAUGGGCGCGGGGACCUUUGAGGCGCAUUUCUUCGUGCGCCGGGCGUGGAGUCCCGAUUCAGGAGACACGCCACGACUCUGAGGCACAGGGAGCUGCGGACACGGGGGCUUGAUUGUGGAACCAAAAGAAAAGAAUAAAUCCAGUUCACCUGUUAAGUGGAUUCCGCAGCGGGGCGUCUUAAACUAGAAAGACAGGGUGGGUGUGGUAGGGCCCGAAUACUGAGGCAACUGUAAGCCACUUACUUCCCCUGGAGAGUUCUAAAUCCAGUAUGCUUUCCGACGAGCAAAACAGGUCACGUGAUAUGUUUCCUUCUGCAGCUGGCUAUGAAACACUUUUCUUUUUUGGUUUUUCGAGACAGGAGUUCUCUGUGUAACAGCUCUGGCUGUCAUGGAACUCGCUGAGUAGACACAGGCUGGCCUCGAA